CUUGCAUUAGACGAUCUUCGUACUAAGAUUCAGCUUGCCCUUCCUGCUAUCUGAUAAUAACAGCGAUGGCGGCUGCUGCUAGACUGUUUAUCCGAGGUGCCCACUCAACACUUGCUAUCUCUGGUGUUGGCACCGGGAAGCAGAACUCUUUAUUCAAACUGUCGGCAGGUUGCAGCUCCCGUUUAAAAGCGCAAAGACAUGUCGCUCACUUUACCUUCCAGCCCGACCCCCCCACGACGGAAUAUGGUGCCACGCAGAAGAUGAACUUGUUCCAGUCGAUUACAAGUGCCUUGGACAACACGCUUGCUAGUGAUCCGACAGCAGUCAUCUUCGGGGAAGACGUUGCCUUUGGAGGAGUAUUCCGAUGCACAGUUGGCCUGCGGGACAAAUACGGUAAGGACAGAGUCUUCAACACUCCUCUUUGUGAGCAGGGGAUUGUGGGAUUUGGCAUCGGUGCAGCUACUGCCGGUGCCACAGCCAUUGCUGAGAUCCAGUUUGCCGACUACAUCUUUCCAGCAUUUGACCAGAUUGUGAAUGAAGCUGCUAAGUACCGCUACCGUUCAGGGAACCUGUUUGACUGCGGGAACCUCACCAUCCGGGCCCCAUGGGGUUGUGUCGGCCACGGAUCCUUGUACCACUCUCAAAGCCCCGAAGCCUAUUUUGCCCACUGCCCUGGUAUUAAAGUUGUAAUACCUCGCGGUCCACUUCAGGCCAAAGGGCUGCUGCUUUCAUGCAUUGCUGACAACAACCCAUGUUUAUUCUUUGAGCCCAAGAUUCUGUACAGAGCAGCAGUGGAGCAGGUUCCAGUCGAUUCCUACACCAUCCCUCUCUCGCAAGCUGAGGUCCUACAGGAAGGAAGUGAUCUCACACUGGUUGCCUGGGGGACACAGAUCCACGUGUUGAAGGAGGUUGCCAACAUGGCUCAGGAGAAACUGGGGGUUUCCUGUGAGGUCAUCGAUCUGAGGACCAUCCUGCCCUGGGACACUGAAACCGUUUGCAAGUCGGUGGCGAGAACUGGACGUUUGCUCAUCAGUCACGAGGCGCCGGUCACAGGAGGAUUUGCUGCUGAAAUCAGCUCUACUGUACAGGAGGAGUGCUUCCUUAACCUGGAGGCUCCUAUAGCCAGGGUCUGCGGGUACGACACCCCCUUCCCGCAUAUCUUUGAGCCCUUCUACAUCCCAGACAAGUGGAAGUGCUUCGAUGCAAUCAAGAGGAUGAUCAACUACUAAAGCCCUGUCAGGGCCAGCUUCUGGUGGACGUGAACUCCACACCCUCUCCCUGCCUUUUACACUUCAUACAUCCAACCAGGACAGAGCGGUGGAAAAAAAAAAGAAUAAAGAAACACUUUGUCGACCAUCCAAUAAAAAAACACACAGUCCGGAUGGCCUUCAUGCUCCGCUCUGUUCCUCAUUUUCAAAGCCUGUUACCUUAUCUCACAUUGCAAAGGAGAAGAGACUCGAUCAACCGAAUGAACGGUGACAUGUAGGUUUUAGCUGUUGCAUAGAAUAACACAUUUAUUAAUAGACGGGGAAAUACUUGGUUGAAUAUGUAACUGCCUUGCUUUGUGUGCUGUUGCUCUGUAACGUGUCCAGACCUUUUUCUGAUCCGUUUAGUUUCACAUGAAAUGAAGUGUAUCGACAUAAAACAGUCUGUUCUUUUCGAUCAAAAUAAAACGAAUAGAUUUGUUCACAACA